UAUCACAUUGGCGGAAAUAGGCUUCCAUACUGCAUGCUGCAGCACUUCCUGAACUACAAAAUAAUCAGGAAAGAUUCUCUUUUACUCUGUAACCAGGGUUGCAGCUUGAUUUUCGCAUCCACAUCCAAGCAACGUUGCAUUUGGGAGAAGACGCAGUCAUGGAGGCCGUGUACACCCAAGGCAUCUGGAUGGCUGAAAGUCUCCAGCGGAGGACGAUAAGUCAAGAACAAAUGUGGCUGGUUGUCACUCACAUUGGAGACCCCAAAGCAGCUUUCCUGCUCGUCUUUCCUUUCACAUACUUCAUCAGCAAACGAGCUGGAGUUGCGGUGCUUUGGGUAGCGGCGAUAUCGGAGUGGUUAAACUUGGUGUUUAAAUGGAUGUUGUUUGGAGAAAGGCCUUUCUGGUGGAUAGGUGAAUCAGGUCUGUUCGUCAACAAGCAACCCAACGUGCACCAGUUUUCCUCCACCUGUGAAACCGGCCCAGGGAGUCCAUCGGGACAUGCGAUGGUGACGGCAGCAGUCUGGUGGGUCGUGGUGUCCUCACUGGGGUCAUCCCUGUACUUGCGCACUCACAGUGUGGUGUUAUCAGCUGCUCCCUACCUGCUCUAUGUGGUGAUGCUGGUGGCAGUUGGAAUCUCCAGGAUCUUUAUCCUCGCCCACUUCCCUCACCAGGUCAUCGCUGGCUCCAUUACAGGUUUCAUUCUGGGGAUUGUUCUGAGCCGCAGAGUACCAGAAGGACGCCCCCUGCUGUUCUUCUUUAGCUUCAGCAUCGGUCUGCUGCUCGGAACGCUGAUGCUGCAUGCUGGACUGCAGCAGCUGGGAAUCGACCUCUCCUGGUCUAUCACCUUGGCUAAGAAAUGGUGCAGGCGAGCAGAGUGGGUUCGUUUGGAUUCAGCCCCAUUCUCAUCUUUGACUCGAGACUGCGGGGCCCUUCUGGGUUUGGGACUGGCCCAGUACUGGAAGCCAGGCGGAUAUUCUCUGCCUUUGGCUCCACGGGCUUUGUCUCUGGCCAUUUCGUCCAUGGGACUGUACCACGUCAAUCGUCUGCCGCUCCCGGUCCGACCACAAGGACUCUUCUAUGGCCUGUUCUUUGUCAAAUUCGUCAUAGUGCCUCAGAUAGUCAUGGUGCUUGUGCCUGGACUGGUUUACCUGUUCACACGCAAAAAGAAGAAGGACUAGAAACUAUUUCCCCCUCAAUUUUAAAGGUGUCUUUCACACCUCCAAAGACUAUAGCUUCCUCCUGAGUUUCUGGGCACUUUAAAUGUCUAUGUUAUGUAUUUAACGAGUGUGGAAAAGCUGUAGGUAGUUACUCGACAUUUGUUUUUGUUCACUUACAAUUCAACUUGCAGGAGUCUUCAGUCAGAGACGUAAUGUUUUUAAAUGCUUACAUGGUCCUUAAAGCUAUAGUAAGUUGUUUCUGUCUCCCCCGUGAGGAAUUCUAAAUGACGACGAAAUUGUCGGCGCCUCCACAUGAUACAAGCCUUGCUUGAUUGCGCAUUUGCAGUAAAUCUAGAGUUAAUACUAUAGUAUCUUUGGGGAAAUCUUGAGUUGUUCUGUGGGAAAAUUGCAGUUUUGAGGUAUUGCACAUCA